AUGGCGUCUUUCGAAGCACUGUAUGGACGAAAAUGUAGGACUCCUGUGUGUUGGCUUGAGGCGGGUGAGAAACAGUUCGUUGGCCCUGAGAUCGUGCAAGAAACGACCGACAAGGUGAAGUGUAUUCGGGAAUGCUUAAAGGCGGCUCAAGAUCGGCAAAAGAGCUACGCAGACAAGAGGAGCCGACCUAUGGAAUUUCUAGUGCGCGACCGCAUAAUGCUAAAAGUGUCCCCAUGGAAAGGUAUUAUCCUUUUUGGAAAGCGUGGAAAGCUAAGUCCCCGUUUCCUAGGGCCGUUUAAAGUCUUGGCUAGGGUGGGACUUCAAGCUUAUAAAUUAGAACUACCACCAGAAAUGGCUGGAAUCCAUAACACAUUUCAUGUGUGUUACCUUCGUAAGUGCUUGGCGGAAGAAGAAAGUGUGAUACCGCUUUCGGAAAUUCGUGUAGAUGAGAACAAGCAAAGCGUAGAAGAACCGGAAGCCAUCUUGGAAAGAAACACCAAAGUGCUGAGGCACAAGGUGGUUGGCUUGGUUAAAGUUCAAUGGAAGCAUCAUCGAGGGGCAAACAUGACAUGGGAAGCGGAAGAGGAUUUGAGGAGGCGUUACCCUCACCUUUUCGCGUGA